AAAAGGAUCAUCCUGGGCAAUAAGGCUCAUUUGAGAGCUGUGACAGUCACCUUGACUCUAGUGAAAGUCCAACAGCCAAUCCCCUUUUGGCUUCCAACUGGGCACCAUGAGGGCCUGUGUGCCCCUGAUAGUGGCCAUACUCUGCAGCCUGGCCUGGGCUGGAAAAUUGGAGUCCUGUGCAUCUCGCUGUAAUGAGAAAUUUAACCGGGAUGCUGCCUGCCAGUGUGACCGCCAGUGUCCCCGGCAUGGGGACUGCUGUGAAGACUAUGAGCACCUGUGUACUGUGCAAGAGGACCCCGAAGAGCCAGAGCCAUUCCUGGGGCUGGAGGAAGAGAUGUUGGAGGCCCCAGCGAGCAACCUGUACUCGGCACCCAGCUCCUGCCGGGACCGCUGCCACGAGGCCUUCGACAGGCACCAGCCGUGUCACUGCAAUGCCCGCUUCCCAGAGUUUGGGAACUGCUGCAAGGACUUCGAGAGCCUGUGUGGCCACGAGGGCUUCUCCUACAGCAGGGACGCCAUAACCAAGGAGGAGCUACAGAGCGUCUCUGAGAAGAUCUACAGGGCGGACAUCAACAAAGCCCAGAAGGAAGACAUCAUUCUCAACAGCCAAAACCGCAUCUCGCCCUCGGAGACCAGAGACCACGUGGACCGCUGCCCAGAGCCGCUCUUCACGUAUGUCAACGAGAAGCUGUUCUCCAAGCCGACCUACGCGGCCUUCAUCAGCCUCCUCAACAACUACCAGCGGGCCACGGGCCGCGGGGAGCACUUCAGUGCGCAGCAGCUGGCCGAGCAGGACGCCUUCCUCAGAGAGGUCAUGAAGACCGCGGUCCUGAAGGAGCUCUAUGGCUUCCUCCGUCACCAGAACCGCUACAGCUCGGAACAAGAGUUUGUCAGUGACUUGAAGAACAUGUGGUUUGGGCUCUAUUUAAGAGGCAAUGAAGAGGAGGACUCAAGUGGCUUUGAACACGUCUUCUCAGGUGAAAUAAAAAAAGGCAAGGUCACCGGCUUCCAUAACUGGAUCCGCUUCUAUAUGCAAGAGAAGGAGGGCCUGCUUGACUAUUACAGUCACGUCUAUGACGGCCCCUGGGAUUCUUACCCUGACGUGUUAGCCAUGCAGUUCAACUGGGACGGCUACUAUAAGGAAGUGGGCUCAGCUUUCAUUGGGAGCAGCCCUGAAUUUGAGUUUGCGCUCUACUCCCUGUGCUUCAUUGCUAGGCCAGGCAAAGUGUGCCAGUUAAGCCUGGGCGGAUAUCCCCUGGCCAUCCAGACCUAUCCCUGGGACAAGUCCACCUAUGGAAAUGGCAAGAAAUACAUCGCCACAGCAUACGUGGUGUCUUCCACCCGAUAGAGCUUGGAGCCAGAUAGGAGCAUGAGGGCAGUGAGAAUUCCUGCAGGACUCAGGGGCUAUCUGCUCUGGGCUGCAGGGGGCUGGAGGAGACUGGGAGGGGUUACCAAGUCUAGAAAUGCCCUUAUGGUUAAGAGAGAAAAGACACAAAUAAGAAAAAUGCAGAGAAACAGUCAAAUCUUUGUGCUCCAGCAUUUUGCAAAUAGAGUCCAGACAGAGAAGAUGGGAGCCCUCUGUAGCCCUUUGCCCUGAUGGGAGGUGAAACCAUAGACAAGUCCUUGACCUCUCCAGGCCUCAUGUUUCCUUUUAAUGUAAAGGGAAGGGGUUUGCCCCCUUUCUUCUUUUUGGAGUCGGUGAGAGGGCAAACCUGAUGAUAUCAUUACUGUGAAGGUGUUUUCAAUUGUUCUUAAGAAGAACAGCAGAUAAAAAUUCAAGGUUACUAUAAUGGCUGUUAUCAUACACAGCUUUGCAAACUGUAGUUCAGCCCUAUGUUGGGGCCUCAAAGGACUCUGGUCAUGGAAAUCAAGCAGUGGGUAUUUGGUCUUUUCUAGGGUUCUAUCCUCUCAGAACAGGGUCUGGGAGAACUCUGAUGCUUGAUGGAGGGGAUAGUGGGUUAGCACAGUGAGUGAGCUUGGGAGGGAGUGAACUUCUCUAGGCCUGAGUGUUUUUGCAGCCAGUUCAGUGACUGCAUUAAGAAGCUUUCUACUUGUAGAUGUUUAGUGCAGGUACAGAGGUGUAUUUUGAUCCCACAUAGUUUGCGAAAGACUUCCCCAAAUAGGAGGAAGAUUUUGCAUCUGAAGAAAGGAACUUAUAGCUUGGUGACAUUAACAAUUAUUUUAAGGCUUAUCCAGCAGCCAUAAUUUGCUGGAAUUACUCUGGAAUUAAAGACAGGGGCUCCAUGUUCCAACCUCAAUUAUGCAUUUCUCCUCCCAUGACCUCAGGGAGAACCAGACACUGUCCCACAGAACUAGGCUUGAACUAUGGUUUACAGGGUUUGAGUCUCCAAUUAAAGUCAUUAAGAAAACUUGAAAUCUAUCUUCUUUUUGUAUAUGACCCCCCUCAACUGUCCGUCUCCCUCCCUGCCUUUUCCCUGGAGCUGAGAGUGAUGUUGCUGGCUUCAGUGUCUCUUCAGGAUGGUGUGGAGAAUGUGGUAACUCGAAGUCCCUGAGGACUCAUCAAGUCUCUCUAGCCAAGAGGGGAAGAGAAUUAUUCCUGGUUGAUUUGUAAUGUGAAGUGUAGAAGGAGGGUACUUAUGACUUUUGGUUCCACAUAUAAGGAGCUUAGACGUCACUAUUCCAUCCUAACAACAAGUGAAAAACUGAACAGACUGAAAAAUCAACAAGUCUUUUUGGAUCUGCGAGAGAGGAGAGGACAGAGGCAAACCAGUGCCCUCAAGAUUGGAAAGUCAGGCAAAUACAGAUUGGAAUAAGCUUGGAAAGACAAGCAUACUGGAGCAGAGACUCUCAUGCAGCAAACCAUUGCAGAAACCAGUGCCAGGAUAGGAAAAUCUGAACUGCAGUAGGUGAAUUGCCUGAAGGAGAGGUGGUGCAGACUAUUCUGAGUUCAAAACUCCAGGGGAGCCAGGCAUAGGGGGAUGCCACAGGAUUGUGAGAUUUAUCUCCAGGAGCUCCACCAGGUUCCCAUGGUGCGUACCAGAGAGAAACCCUGCUGGGUUACUGGCACAGGGAGGAGAAGUGGAACCAUUUUGAAAUAGCCAAAGAACUCUGUCCUUGCUAACAAAGCCUGCCCUUGGGGGAAACUUGUUAGCUGUUGGCUAACCUGCUAGACUAUUAUCAGAGCCUAACUGACCUGGGGAAGGGAAAUACCCAACUCCACCCAUGUUAGCCAUCCUCUUUCACACAAAGGGAGCAAAAACCUGAGAAACACUUGUGAAGUUCACAAUCCAGAGGCACAGGCUCACUAAAAGACUGAGACACAAUCAUAAGACCGUAGAAUGCUUCCCUCCACCGCCCCCCACAUUACCAAAGGCUGAUUUACCAUGCCUGGCAAUCAAGAAAAAAUUACAAAGCAUAUCAAAAGGUAAAAUAACAUAAUUUGAAGAGCUAGAGCAAACAUCAGAAACAGACAUGGCAGGGAUGAUGUAGUUUUCAGAUAGGGAAUUUAAAGUAACUAUGAUUAAUAUGCUAAGGGCUAUAAUGAAUAAAGUAGAUAGCAUGCAAGAACUGAGGGGCGAUGUAAACAGAGAGAUGGAAAUCCUAAGAAAGAACCAAAAAGAAAUGCUAGAGAUGAAAACACUGUAACAGAAAUGAAGAAUACCUUUGAUGGGCUUAUUAGCAGAUUGGACACAUUUGAGGAGAGAAUCUCUGAGUUUGAGGAUAUCUCAAUAGAAUCCUCAAAAACCAAAAAGCAAAGAGAAUAAAGACCAACAAACAACCAAAACAGAAUAGCCAAGGACUGUGGGACAACUACAAAAGGUGUAAUAUACACAUAAUGAGAAUGCCAGAAGGAGAAAAAAGGGAGAAAGGAACAGAAGAAAUAUUUUAAACAAUAAUGACUGAGAAUUUCCCCAAAUUAAAUGUCAGAUAUCAAACCAGAGAUCCAGGAAGUUCAGAAAACACCAAGCAGAAUGAAUAUCAAAAAACCACUAUAUUUUGACACAUCAUUUUCAAAUUACAGAAAAUCAAAGAUAAAGAAUAAUUGUGAAAGAAGCCAGAGGAAAAAAAAUCUUACCUACAGAGGAGCUAAGAUAAGAAAUACAUCUGACUUCUCCUAAGAAACCAUGCAAGCAAGAAGAGAAUGGCAUGAAAUAUUUAAAAUGUUGAAAGAGGGCACCUGGGUGGCUCAG